AAGCGCUUAGUUACUUCAGGAAAGAUUUACAGACAACACAGAAACCGAGAAACGCGCUCAAAUAUCGGAGUUUUUCGACUCUGACGGUGGUAAAGAAUCCGUUAGUUUUCGGUUUGUUUUCAACACAUGAACGCGCGGGUUAUCUACAACACACUUUCAACGCAUUUACAACGCAAAGUGAAGAGAAAUGGGCAAAAAGAAGCAGGAGGAAGAACAAAACAACUCCGAGUACGGAGCUCCAGCUCAGUAUGACCCAACAUUCAAUGGCCCUAUUCACAAAAGGAGCUGUACAGACAUCAUCUGCUGUGUGCUCUUCAUGCUGGUCAUCACUGGGUACAUGGUGGUGGGGAUUCUGGCCUGGUUGUAUGGAGACCCUCGGCAUGUUCUAUAUCCCAGAAACUCUACAGGAAUGUUCUGUGGGAUCGGCCAGAACCAGAAUAAACCCAGCGUCCUGUACUUCGACAUCCUCAAAUGUGCGACGGCCACAAACAUCAUGGCAGCGGCUUUACAAGGCCUUCAGUGUCCCACAACUCAGGUGUGUGUGUCGUCGUGCCCGUCAGGUUUCUGGGCUUUAUCUCCUCUGGCGUAUCUGCCCAACGCAAAACCAGCUGAUUAUUUCCAGCAGGAGCUCUGUGUGCCGUCACUACAGCUCAAAGACACCACUUAUACGGUGAUGGAGAUCAUCAAUAAAGAGUUGUGUCCUUAUUAUUACACACCUACAACAUCAGUGUUGGGUCGCUGUUUGCCCAGUUUAGGUGGAAGCGCUUAUAAUCCCAGUAACAUUCCUGCAAACUUCAGUCUUCCAGGACUGAGUAUAAACCAGACAUUGUCAACCAUCGCCAAUGCUACAAGUGAUCUGACCAACAGCUUCAACAUGAAAGACGUGGGUCUGCGCAUCUUCGAGGACUUCGCUAAGACCUGGCAGUGGAUCGUGGCUGGUCUGGUGAUAGCGAUGGUGGUCAGUGUGCUGUUCCUCCUGCUGCUGCGGUUCACAGCUCCGGUGCUCAUCUGGAUCCUUAUCUUCGGUGUUCUGGCCGUCGGAGCAUUCGGAAUCUGGUACUGUUAUAAUGACUACAUGUCUCUGGCGAGCUCCAGCUUGACCUUCAGUAAUGUGGGCUUCACCACUAAUGUUCAGGUGUAUCUGCAGGUGCGGGACACAUGGCUGGCCUUCUUGAUCAUUCUGUGUAUCGUUGAGGCUGUUCUGAUUCUGGCUUUGAUCUUCUUGAGGACUCGAAUCCUCAUCGCCAUCGCUCUCAUUCAGGAGACCAGCAAGGCCUUGGGUCACAUGAUGUCGACUCUCCUCUAUCCCGUGGUGACGUUUGUGCUGCUGUUGGUGUGUGUGUCGUACUGGGGAAUCACAGCGCUAUAUCUGGCCACAUCCGGUGCACCCAUAUAUAAAGUAGUGGCUCUGAACGCAACACAGGGAGACUGCAGCAACAUACAAGCCAACCAGACCUGCGACCCUCAGACGUUCAACAGCUCUCAGUACUUGUCGUGUCCGUCCACACGCUGCGUCUUCAUCAACUAUAACACCGAGGGUUUGUUCCAGAGGAAUCUCUUCAAUCUGCAGAUCUAUAACGUCGUGGCGUUUCUGUGGUGUGUGAACUUCGUCAUCGCUCUCGGUCACUGCACGCUCGCCGGAGCCUUCGCUUCCUAUUACUGGGCCUUCAGUAAACCUGCAGAUAUCCCUACAUUCCCUCUGACACAGUCCUUCAUGAGGGCCCUCAGGUAUCAUGUGGGUUCGCUGGCGUUCGGCGCUCUGAUUCUCACACUCGUGCAGAUCGUCAGGAUCAUCCUGGAGUAUCUGGACCACAAGUUCAAAGCUGCUCAAAACCCGUGCGCGCGCUUCAUCAUGUGUUGCCUGAAAUGCUGCUUCUGGUGUCUGGAAAAAUUCAUCAAGUUCAUCAACAGAAACGCGUACAUCAUGAUCGCCAUAUACGGGAAAAACUUCUGUGUGUCGGCUAAAAACGCCUUUUUCCUGCUGAUGAGGAACAUCGUACGGGUGGUGGUUCUGGAUAAAGUGACGGAUCUGCUGCUGUUUUUCGGGAAGCUGCUGGUUGUUGGUGGAAUCGGAGUUCUGGCCUUCUUCUUCUUCUCCGGCAGGAUUCAGCUUCCAGGAAACACGUUUCAGACGGCGGCGCUCAACUAUUACUGGAUGCCCAUCAUCACGGUGGUGUUUGGAGCGUAUCUGAUCGCUCAUGGCUUCUUCAGUGUCUAUAACAUGGGUGUAGAUACACUGUUCCUGUGCUUCUUGGAGGAUCUGGAGAGAAACGACGGCAGUGCAGAGAAACCCUACUUCAUGUCCAAAAACCUGAUGAAGAUCCUCAACAAGAAGAACAAACAGCCUAAGACUGGCUAACACGAUGAAGAUGAUGAAGCCUUUACUCUCUCGAGCACCGUCACUUUCAAUCGACGCAUGCAGAUCCUCCUUUUAAACCUGCAUUAUUACCAAUAUUACUGUUUCAUAGAUGUUACUGAGAGCUUUUAGUUCAACACACACUCCUGCAUUCUCAAUCUACUCCACCAAAGAUGCUGAAUCACAUCCAAACCGAUGGGAAACGAUGUUUCCACUGCAAAUGUGCCAGUUUUUAGCUUUUUAUAUGCACUUUUUAAUUCCUUUUCAACAGAAAUGCAUGACAUGAGCUGGAGUGGAGCCUGCAGUCUGACGUCUGUAAGCCAAAGCAUUUAUUAUCACACAUUAUUCAUGUUUUUUUUAGUGCUGGACACACUUAAAUCACAUUUAGAUGAAGAUUUUGAUGUAAUAUAGAUAUAUUUGUGUGUGCUGUGUGUGUUUAUUAUGUGGAUGUGAUGCACACAUGCAUGCAUAUAUCAGAGAACAUGUUUAUUUUUAUUUAGAUAGAAGAUUUUGAUGUGUAUAAUACAGAUUAUAUUUCAUUUUAAACAUCUGUGAGACUAAAUAGUUCUGUUUGUAUGCAUGUGUGUGUGUCAGAUAUACAUAUAUAACACACAAACAUAUCUAUUACGUCAAAGCACACUAUUAUUUUAGAUGCGAUUCAUCUUUACUCAGUGCUACUUUAGUUUGUUGAUGUUUUUAGACAGAUAUUGCACAUGUGAUUAUUAGUGCAGAUUAAUAAUCUGUUCUUCCAACAUGACUGUACUGUUUUAAAGCCAGCUCCGAUUUAUGAAUCUUCACAUGCAUAUUCUGUUGGUUUUUAUACUUUAAUAAUGAUUUGUUUAUUUGGUUCUGAGUGAUUUAGUUGAAACUGGAAAUAAAUAUUUAUUUAAAGAUAGAACUGCAUGUGUAUAAAGUUAAUAAAACAUCGGCUUUUCUUCUAUAUUUGCUGUCCAUUAUGGUCAUAUUUUAGCACGUUAUUAACAUAUUGUUCACUUAGUACGCCUGUUAGCAUGUUUUAACUGAUCGUCUUCUUUUUUUACACACUGCUAACAUGAAUUAGCAUGUUUUAUGCUGCUGGCAUUUGGCUAACAUGUUUCACCAUCAUUGCUAGCUUGUUUAUAACGUAUGACUAAUGU